AUGUGUAAAGAAGUAGAUGCCGAUGAAUCUCAAAGUAACGAUGGCAAGCAGCUUACUGUUAACACUGAUUUUCCGGAACCUUACAACCCAGAAGCUAGACCAGAUGAAAAUGGUUCUCUAAGAUCUCCAUCACAUUCAACGGAGCUUAUUGAAAAGUCCAAUAAAAUUGCAGCUAGUAAGGGUAAUCCUAUCGAAGAUAUGUCUGUUUCUUCUUAA